AUGGCCAAUUGGGGUCGCCGUGUAAAUUUCUUGACCUGGAUCGCACUCGCCUGUGCGCUCGUCUUCUGGGUGAUUGGGCUCUCGGGCCUCGCUGCAUUAUCAAGGAUCUACCAGGAUCCCAACAAUGCUCAGCAGCUGCAAUGGUGGAUCAUCUGGUUUCAGCUGGGGGCGCUCUUUGCGGCCGGUCUUGUUCAGUACAAGGAGUGGUUUGGAGCGCGCAACGCCAUCAUGGGACUCAUGUGCGUGCUCACAGCCAUGCUGAUGGCUCAAACCAACGUGGCCAAUUACCAGCGACAGGUGGUGGGGGCAGGGGCGCCGCUGUUAGAUGCAAACCCGCUGAUACAGCAGACGCAGAACCUCGCUGCAGCAAUAGCGAGCCAGGCCAUUGCAAACAGCAGGGGCAAUGGCCAGCAGCAGCAGCAACAGCAGCAGCAGCAGCAACCACAGCAGAUCCCCCAACUGCCGCCAGAGCUGCUGCAGGGCCUCACAGGCAUCAUUAGCGGCCUGGACAGCAGCAUGGCUCUCAAGGCUGCGAGCGCCCUGCAGAACGCCAGCAUGAGUAGCAGCAGCGUUCCGGUACCGAGCAGCAAUGUAGCGGUCCCGAGCAGCGGGCUUGGCGCGGCCGGCUCGGCGCCAGCUGACGCCAGCUCAGCGGCCCCCGGCGGGGGUAACCCGCCGGCGGCCACCGCGGGGGGCGCACGGAUCGGCGGGGGGGGUGGUGGGGGGCCCGGGGACGGCGGCAUGGGGAGCCGGUGGGAGCCGUCGGGGGCGGAUCCGCGGCAGCAGCAGCAGCAGCCGGGAGGCCCCGGGGGGUCCCAGCCGGCCGGCGCCGGCAGCGGCCGGCGGCGGCUGCUGUCGGCCGGGACGGACACGGUGCAGCGGCGCGCUAACGUGGUAUUUUUGGGGUUCCUCUUGUUGACGCUGGCCGACUUGGCGCUGCUGAUGCUGUUCGGAGUGCAACACCCCCACAGCAAGGAGCGCAGUCCGCGGCUGUACAUCUCGUCGGCCGUGGACCAGCAACCGGCGCCGAACGCGCUGUACAAGGACGGUCCCAUGGAGGGCGUCACGCUGCAGGUGACGGCGAUGCCGAUGCGGCAGGGGUUGCGGCCGGAGAGCCGCGCGCAGUCGGGCGUGUCGCUGCGAUUCGACGGGCCGCGCGCGGCCAGCGUGGUUCCCAUGCGCCAGCCCAGCCGGCAGCUCUCCGGCAGCUUCCCCUUCAAGCUCGCCGAGCGCAUGGACAGCAGGCACGCCUCCGUCCUUUUCAUUGUGCACUUGUGA